CGAUGACCAAAUCGAUGUAGUGUGGGACAUUACGACGUAUACAAUGGACGGCUAUACGGCGCCAGGGUGGGAGUUAGGUUGGUCAUGGUAUGAAGAAGAGAUAAUAUGGAGCAUUCUCGGUGCUAAAGCAACAAAACAAGGGGACUGUUCGGCAUUUGAAGACACAGAUGUUCCGCAGUGCUGCUUGAAUAACCCGACCAUUGUUGACUUACCGGUAGCAACACAGGAUGACCUACGAGUAGAAAAUUGUUGCAAGGGCGGUGUGAUUGCUGCCGGAAGCUCCGCCUCAUUUCAAAUUACUGUCGGCCGAGUUGGAACAGAAGCUAAUCCACCGCAGUCUUUGACUUUCAUAGCACCAGGAUCUGAAUACCAAUGUGAUUCAUUUAGUGAAACAAUGAAUAGUCCAGGAUCUGAAAGUUACUAUGUCUUGUUCUUUUUGCUUUUUACCUUCCCUUUACCUAUCAUAUCUAAGAAAAUUCCAAGAAAAACCCUAAGCUUAGGAAGCAAUGAGCAGAAGAUUAUCCCCAUUUCCCUUCACCCUUUUCCACCGGCAGCUUAUGCUCUCAUAUCCAUCGGAGAUCCCCCAAUAAAGGAGGAGUUACAUAUUGAUACGGGUGUUGAUCUGACAUGGGUGCUCCACGAAAAGCCCUCUGAUUAUGAUCCGUCGAGGUCAUCUUCAUUUAGUAACAUAAGCUGUGACGGAUUGGUUAACGUUCGAUCCAUUUUCCCGAGUCGAGAAACAGGACAAUGCAAUUACGCCGUAAAGCUCGCAGACAAGUCAUCAUAUAGAGGUAUCCUAGGUAGAGAAACUUUUAUUUUCGAAACGGGCGAGGGAGGAUUAGGCAUGUCAAAGAACGUUUUGUUUGGCUUUGGAAUAACUGUUGGGGGGCCGCAAGCUGGAACGGGAACCCUAGGAUUAAAGUUGGGACGAGGAUUGUCAAUAUUGAACUCAUUUAAUUGGAAAUUCUCCAUUUGCAUAGGAAACUUUUAUGAUAAUCUCCAUGAAAAGCAUUUUAUUUCAUUAGGAGAUAAUGCAAUAUUCACUGGAAUGGAGAUAUCAUUAGAUACAAAGGAGGGGACAUAUAAAAUCAAUCUAGCUUCAAUAACCGUCAAUCGAAAAAAUCUAGGUAUAGACGAUGAUUUGUCCAAAUCCAAUACAUUAUUGGACACAGGAACUUCUAGCCUUCGUUUGGUCAAAGGAGUAUAUAGUGUUGUCUUUACGGAAAUCGUAAAGGAAAUGACUAAGGCGGGGUAUGAUAUGUUAAGCAUCGACGGAGAUACAUGUUACAGCGGGAAGAUAUCGAAACACAUACCUCUACUAGUUGUCCUCACAUUUGACAAGGUAGAAAUCAAUAUGGAGGCACCGAGCUUAUUCAUGCAGGAUGAUGAGAAUUAUUUUUGUCUAAACGUGCAUGAGUCGCCGAUUAAUGAAAAUCUCAUUGGCAUACCCGUAUUUGCAGAUUAUAAUUUAGAUGACUGUCCUUCUGAUGUUAUUGAGAUGAAUCAAUCUCCAUGGGAGCCUGAUGAUUUCGAUAUGCACGAUUACCCUUUCAUGAGGGGGCCUUUCAUGAGUCGAGCUAGGUAUAAUAGAAUUGGAGCCAACUUUAGUUUCACUCCUGAAGAGGACCUAGUCGGGAACGUGACAAUAAGGUGGGACAUUAUGAAUAUAAGUCGUGAUAGUUACACGGCUAAUGUCACAAUCUUCAACUAUUUGAAGAAGCAAGAAGCCAUUGAAGGGCCAUGGGAAUUAGGGUGGACAUGGUACGAAGACGAAAUUCUAGUGAGCACUCUGGGUGCUAAAGUUUCAAAACAAAGUAAUGUUCUGAAAUUUGGAGAGUGCUGCAAUCAUAGGGUGACCUUUGUGGACUUACCCCAACAAACUGAUGAUGACCAGCGAAUUGUAGCAAAUUGUUGCAAGGGUGGUGUCAUUCCUUCAUGGUUUAGAGAAGCCGACCUUGCUAAAAGCUCUUCUUCAUUCCAAAUUAGUGUUGGCCAAGUUGGGAUAAAAUUUCAUCCCCCGCCAUUAGACGUGAUGUUGACCACACAAGGAUUAGAAUACGUAUGUGGUUCCUUGUCGGAAGUAAGGAAUACUCCGGGUUAUCUAAAUACGUGGCUGACGACGUGCAAUCUCUACGCCCUUCAAAUAUUAAAGAUCCACGAGAAAUUGCCCAUCGAUCUCAAUUCGUUUCCAAACCCUAACCAGAGAUGCUCAGUUAGCGUCAGAACGGCGAGAGUGAUUGCUGCUAUGAACAGAGCUAUCCGGCGGCAGCGGCAGAGUCAAGCCGUGUCCGCCACUGAAUCCAGGGUUUCUCUUGUCUUUGCUCUCGCCUCUCAGGCGUCCUCUGUCUCUCAACGCCUUUUGGCUGAUUUGGCGGUGGAGACUGCGAAAUACGUUUUUCCGAAGAGAUUCAAUAGCUCUAAUCUUGAAGAAGCGUUGAUGUCCGUUCCUGAUCUCGAGACAAUGGAAUUCAGAGUUGUAAGUAGGACUGAUAAGUACGAGAUUAGACAAGUUGAGCCUUACUUUGUGGCCGAGACUACAAUGCCAGGGGAAACUGGAUUUGACUUCUAUGGUGCUUCUAAGUCUUUUAAUGUGUUAGCUGAGUACCUAUUUGGUAAGAACACAAUAAAGGAGAAAAUGGAGAUGACGACCCCUGUUGUUACUCGUAAAGCCCAAUCUGUUGGAGAUAAGAUGGAAAUGACUACUCCAGUAAUUACUACCAAGGCAAAAGAUCAAACCCAGUGGCGAAUGUCUUUUGUCAUGCCCUCAAAGUAUGGCUCGAAUUUGCCAUUGCCAAAAGAUCCUUCAGUCAAAAUCCAGGAAGUGCCGCGAAAGAUUGUUGCUGUUGUCGCCUUCUCAGGCUAUGUUACCGAUGAAGAGAUUGAGAGACGGGAGAAAGAACUAAGGAGAGCUCUUCAUAAUGACAAGAAGUUUCGAGUGAGAGAUGGAGUUUCAGUUGAAGUUGCACAGUAUAAUCCACCAUUCACUCUUCCGUUUAUGCGCCGCAACGAGGUUUCUCUGGAAGUUGAAAGCAAAGAAGAUUAGCCCCAUCACAAGUACAUACAUACAUACAUGUAUAUACACAGUUAAAUAUUUGUGCUAAAGACAAAACGCGUUUACUUGAAUAGUUGAAUAUGAGUAGUAGUAAUUAAUGGUCUUGGAAGCC